AUUCCACGAGCUCUUUUACUUUUGUUGGUAUUGUUCCUCUCAGGAUGCAAAAGUUAACAGAGGAACGAAGCUGGCUCUUUGCACAGGCUAAUGUAUGUAAAUAUGCUGUAGCUCAGUUGAACGCUACAUAAACAUAUCCCUCAAACGUAAGGUUAUCGCACUCGGUUAAAGAAAGAAAAGCGCUCUUAUUCAGCAAGACGAAGAAAAGUCAGCAAUAUUAGCUAGCUAGCGAACAAGUAGACAGGCGAACCGUGAUCUGUUCUGUUAAGCCUCAUGAACAGCCGCUGUGUUGGAAUAUUUCAAAGAUUAUACUUUUUUCUCAACCGAGACUGUUUUUCCAGUUCGUAUUUGUGGACUGAUCAUUCGCGAAGCUCGUGCCACCGACAGUACAGCUCGAGGCCUGUUGUGCCUCUUAGUAAAAUGCUGUUUAUUGUCCAGUCCUUCGUGUCUGUGUUUUUUGUUUUAAAGUGUAGCGCUCUUUCUGUUGAGGCUUUUGGGAUCUGACACGCAUGGAAAGCAGACUUUAGUCGGUGCUAUACCGCCUACAGCACCUUAUUUUCUCCGGACUGACCGUCUCUGGAGGAUCUUCGAAAUACUGAGCAAAGCUUUGACAUGUUAACAAGCAGACGACUCCGAACUGCUCAUCUGCUUGCGAGUCAUGUCAAACUACACUCUUUGUGUGAGGCGUUGGCUCAAGCCUGGUUGAUUGUGUUCUCACAGUUAUCGUCCAUCAAGACUGGCUCAGAGUAGCCGAUCAGCUUCUCUCGUCCCGCUGUACACGGACCUCGCGGAGAUGAACCCGGUGAACGCCACCGCGCUGUACGUGUCGGCGUGCCGCUCUCUUCUGCAGUGCGACCCGAUGGACCCGGGUACAUACGGAGGGUUGUUUAACGUCUUGCCUUUCUUUAGAGACUCCCUAUCCUGCUUGGUGUGUGGGAAUUUGCUUCAGGAUCCAGUUGCUCCAAAAAACUCCUCCUGCCAGCACUAUGUUUGCAAGGGUUGUAAAGGCAAGAAAAUGUUUUUAAAGCCAUCCUGCAGCUGGUGUAAAGACUAUGAGCAGUUUGAGGAGAAUAAACAGCUCCAGAUUCUGAUCGACUGCUACAGGAAUCUCUGCGAGUGUGUCUCAGUGUGCGUCACAUCCGAGCAGAGUGCCUCGGGGGUCAAGGGUUACCCCGAGGUCAACAAGAUACUGGAGGAGGUGUUGGGGGUGAGUCAGGAACACGAAGACCUCAGUCCUGGCAGAGACACUUUGGAUGUUCCUCAUCUCAAAACAGAGACUGACUCUUCACAAAGCUCUACUGAUGUCAACCUGACUGACUCGGAUAAACCCUCUGAGCAGAUCCCAGCUGAACUAGAGACCCCUGAGCCUGUCAGGGCUGACGGACCUCUGAAAUCUGACUCAUCACUACACAUGGGUGCUGUCACUGUUAACGCAAAGUCCAAAGUUAGUCAAGAGACAAGCAGUGAAUCGUUGCAACUCAAUGCGGAGAGCACAAGCGUCCUGGAAGACCUUAAAUCUGACAUUACGAGCAAGGAUGUAUCAUGCGGACAGACUAAAGCAACACCAGAGCCAUGUCAGAACUCAUUACAGUCCCAAACCAGCGGCGCCCUCGCGCCAGCACUCCCUCCGCAAUCUCAGACGGGCCUGACUUGCCUCGCCACAGCCCACAGAAAAGUGCAUCUGAGCCGAAAGCGCUCUCGCUCUGAAAGCGACAGUGAGAGUCUCCAACCUCUAGCCAUCACCAGCCUCAUCCAGGGGCCAUCGGUAGCAGCCACAGUCCCGCCUAAUACAGCAUUUGAACCGAAAGCGCCCUCCCCACCUGCUGUCGUGCUCACUAACGGAGGCGUUUUGAAGGUUAAUAAGGCUGUGCUGGGUUCAACAAAAAAUAUCCAGAUAAACACAGACCUAGGUAAUAAGAAAGUUCAGGCGAAGUCUAAAGUGGCUGUCCCGAAGGCAAAGGGAAAGGCAAAGGACAGGCUGCUGUCAGCUAGCGUUUUAGCAGGACAACCAGGACAGCCCCAUAAAGCCGUGUACAAAAAGACACAAGAGAAAAAAGGCUGCAAGUGUGGACGAGCCACCCAGAAUCCAAGUGUUCUUACCUGCAGAGGCCAAAGAUGCCCCUGCUACUCCAACCGUAAGGCCUGCUUGGACUGCAUCUGCAGGGGCUGCCAGAACUCAUACAUGGCCAACGGGGAGAAGAAGCUGGAGGCCUUCGCCGUGCCCGAAAAAGCCCUGGAGCAAACCAGACUCACGCUCGGCAUCAACCUCACCAGUAUAUCUGUGAGAAACGCUGGAACGAACGCUACAGGAGUUCUCGGCCUGUCCGCGGGCUCCCCUAUGGCCUCUUUCCUCACGUCCAGCACCGACGAGGACCAGAGCUUUGAAGAGGCUCUAGAGAUGCAUUUCGACUGUUGAUAGCUCUCCUGCUACUGAUAUCUCUCCCAGCCGUGGCCGAUUCCUGGUUUAUGUCGAACAGAAACUGUUUGCCAAAACUCUAGUCUGUAGUUUUCAUGUUCAACCUCUACCAUAACAAACAAACACACACUGCUGUAAUGGAAAGUUACUGUGAAGCUGUAUGGCACAUUUUGUUAUUCUGAAGGAAUUGUUUGCUUCUGUGUGGCUGUUUUAUUCACAAUGAACUUAGGAUCUGAUAAAAGGCUGUUCUUUUUCUUUGACUAUUCAAUGACCCCAAACUUACAAUGAGUUCCACUAGUGUGAUGAGUUUGUUGGGUAACACGUCUAGCAGCUCAUUACAGACUGUCCAGAAGCAGUGAUUAAUGUGUCUACAUUCUGUGGUGAAUUUAUUCCCCAAAUUAAUUUAAAUAUAUAUAGCUUCUAAACAUUAAUUGAAGGUAAAAUUAUAUACAGCUAUGUGUAAUGCCUGUUUAACCUCGAAUAAAAUCACAAUUUACUAAUGGUGGAAAUGUAGCACUUAGUCCCAAUAGUGUUAACUGGUUUAGACACUGUCCUGGUUGCUAUAGUGAUCACUUCCUGUGUCACAUCCCCCAACUCUUGGUUAUGGGACUGGGUGUCCCAUCAGGAUAUCGAGUUAUUUUAUUUUCUUGUUUAAUAGAUGGUUCUUUGUUUUUCUGAAUGGAGAGUAAUGGCAUAUCUAUUAUAAUUCAUCAUGUUCCAGGUUUGAAAGAAAGACAUUUACAUUCCUGUGGUUUUGUAAGGAUGAUGAAGCACAAAUUUGUCACAACAGCUAUGUUUUUCUGACUUCGAGAGUUCAUUAUAUCCUCACUAUUGUUCAUUGUUAGUUCAGACUGAGCUUACUGUUUCAUCAGUACAGUAAAGUGGGGGAAAUAUUUAUUUGAUCCUCUGCUGAUUUUGUAAGUUUGGCGACUUACAAAGAAGUGAGGGGUCUGUCAUUUUUAUGGCAGGUUUAUUUUAAGGUAGAGGUAGAAGGAUGUAGAUCCACUACUCUUUACAGAUCCUAUCUAAAUCCUUAAGGUUUCUUGGCUGUUGUUUGGCAACUAAAAGUGUCAGCUCCCUCCACAGAUUUUCUACAGGAUUGAGGUCUGGAGGCCACUUCAUGACCUUAAUGUGCUUCUUCUUGAGCCACUCCUUUGUUGUCUUGGCGGUAUGUUUCGGGUUUUUGUUAUACUGAAUGACCCAGCUUCAGUGUUCUGGCUAAGGGGAAGCAGGUUCUCGCUCCAAGAUUUCGGUCCAUUUGCCCCUCAAUGUGGCCCUCAAACUUACAAAAUCGUCAGGGGAUCAAAUAAAUAUUUUCCCCACUGAAUCUACAAAGAUUUCUUAAACAAGUGAAUGUAAGAGUGUUCAGUGUGUUGCCUGAGAAUGUAUUCAUGGCAGUGAUUAUUUUUAAAGCAAUAUGAAAAACAAAAUGAUAGAUAACCAUCUUUUUAAAACCUUUUCCCCACACAGUCAUCAUUUUUGUUUAGAUGCAAACUUUAAAUGAGUAUUUCAAGAUGUUUUGUUCUUUAAACGUUUGCCUGAGCACCUUUUAGCACCCAGUCAUGCCUCUUUACUAUGAUCCUGAUUUGUUGUGUUUGUCUUGCAAUUGUGUUGUGAUUCCUGUUCUAGGGACCAAAACUAGAAAUAUGUGUCGAGAAAGGUUAGUGAACAUGUGUUUACUGUUCUACUGCACCAUAUUAUGUCUUAUGUAAUGAAGCAGGGGAGACAGUGCUUCAUCCGUAUCCUUAAAUAUGAUUGAAAACUCUAUCGGUAGGGCUUUGACCAAAAAUGGAAGAAUCUUCUAGUUAAAUCUUGGAUCUUAGUGGGAUAUUUUGUUGUAUUUUCAAAUCGUAUAGUUUUGGUAUUGUUGUUUUAUUCCUUCCUUUGCUUUUCAAUGGUCAUUACUUGAACUCAGAUUUUAGUUUCUUGAUUUGUGAAUUACUGGAGAACCUCUUAUUGCUGGUUUAUUCACUGCCACAUUGAACUAAUGAAAACUGCAGAAAACAAACAAAAAAAUAAAUUAUAGUUUUUUAUUUCUUGUUUUUCAAA